AUGGGCUGGCUCAGGGGGAUUGCCUUGCUUUCCUUGGGAGUAUUACUAGCAGGAAGAGUGAACUGCCAGCAUGUGAAGAAUAACGUGCCAAGGCUCAAAUUAUCCUAUAAAGAAAUGUUGGAAUCCAACAAUAUAGUCAAUUUCAAUGGACUAGCUAAUAGCUCCAGUUACCAUACUUUCCUCUUGGAUGAAGAACGAAGUCGGCUGUACGUUGGAGCAAAGGACCACAUAUUUUCUUUCAACCUGGUUAACAUCAAAGAAUAUCAAAAGAUUGUUUGGCCUGUAUCUCAUUCCCGAAGGGAUGAGUGCAAGUGGGCUGGAAAAGAUAUUCUGAGAGAAUGUGCUAAUUUCAUCAAGGUGCUUAAGACUUAUAACCAAACACACUUGUACGCCUGUGGAACGGGGGCUUUUCAUCCCAUGUGCACUUAUAUUGAAGUUGGAAGCCAUCCUGAGGACAACAUUUUUAGGAUGGAAGAUUCACAUUUUGAGAACGGCCGAGGGAAAAGCCCUUACGAUCCUAAAUUGCUGACAGCUUCUCUUUUAGUAGAUGGAGAAUUGUACUCUGGCACAGCAGCAGACUUCAUGGGCAGAGACUUUGCCAUUUUCCGAACUCUGGGGCAUCACCAUCCAAUCAGAACAGAGCAGCAUGACUCCCGGUGGCUAAAUGAUCCCAGAUUUAUUAGUGCUCACCUGAUACCUGAAAGCGAUAAUCCAGAAGAUGACAAAAUCUAUUUCUUCUUCCGUGAAAAUGCAAUUGAUGGAGAGCACAAUGGAAAAGCUACUCAUGCCAGAAUAGGGCAGAUCUGUAAGAAUGACUUUGGUGGACACAGGAGCCUUGUUAACAAAUGGACAACUUUCCUCAAAGCACGUCUGAUUUGUUCUGUGCCAGGACCCAAUGGCAUUGACACACACUUUGAUGAAUUACAGGACGUGUUCCUAAUGAACUCAAAAGACCCUAAAAAUCCAAUAGUGUAUGGAGUGUUUACAACUUCCAGUAAUAUCUUCAAGGGAUCAGCUGUAUGUAUGUACAGCAUGACUGAUGUGAGGAGGGUAUUUCUUGGCCCCUAUGCCCACCGAGAUGGCCCAAACUACCAGUGGGUUCCCUACCAAGGGCGAGUUCCAUAUCCACGGCCAGGAACUUGUCCCAGUAAAACAUUUGGCGGCUUUGACUCCACCAAGGACCUUCCUGAUGAAGUAAUAACAUUUGCAAGAAGUCAUCCAGCAAUGUAUAAUCCAGUAUUCCCCAUCAACAACCGUCCCAUCAUGAUCAAAACAGAUGUAGAUUACCAGUUCACACAGAUAGUAGUAGAUCGAGUAGAUGCUGAAGAUGGUCAAUACGAUGUUAUGUUCAUUGGCACAGAUAUUGGAACAGUUCUUAAAGUGGUUUCAAUUCCUAAGGAGACUUGGCAUGAAUUAGAAGAAGUCUUGCUGGAAGAAAUGACCGUCUUCCGGGAACCCACUGUUAUUUCAGCAAUGAAGAUUUCCACAAAACAGCAACAGCUCUACAUUGGUUCAGCCACUGGAGUUUCACAGCUUCCUUUACACCGCUGUGAUGUCUAUGGAAAAGCAUGUGCAGAGUGUUGUCUCGCGAGAGACCCUUACUGUGCCUGGGAUGGUUCAUCUUGCUCACGUUACUUUCCCACUGCUAAGAGACGUACUAGACGACAAGACAUCCGAAAUGGAGAUCCCCUCACUCACUGCUCAGACCUGCAGCAUCAUGAUAAUCCAAGUGGUCAGACCCUAGAGGAAAAGAUUAUCUAUGGAGUAGAGAAUAGCAGCACUUUUCUUGAGUGCAGUCCAAAAUCUCAACGUGCCAUCGUCUACUGGCAAUUCCAGAAGCAAAAUGAUGAUCACAAAGUUGAGAUAAAAGUGGAUGAUCGAAUGAUCCGGACAGAACAGGGCCUAUUGCUACGAAGUCUUCAACGGAGAGACUCUGGUAUUUAUUUUUGUCAUGCUGUGGAGCAUGGCUUCAUGCAAACUUUGCUCAAAGUGACCCUGGAAGUAAUUGAUACUGACCACUUGGAAGAGCUGCUCCAUAAGGAAGAAGAUGGUGAUGCCUCCAAGACCAAGGAUGCUACCAAUAGCAUGACUCCUAGUCAAAAGAUCUGGUAUAGAGACUUCAUGCAGUUAAUCAAUCACCCUAAUCUCAACACAAUGGAUGAGUUCUGUGAGCAGGUUUGGAAAAGAGACCGCAAGCAGCGCCGGCAAAGGCCUGCCAAUGCGCAGGUGAAUACAAAUAAGUGGAAGCACCUACAAGAGAAUAAAAAAGGUAGGAACAGGAGGACCCAUGAAUUUGAGAGGGCACCACGGAGUGUCUGAGCUACAUUACCUCUAGGAACCUCAUCUAAGUAGAAACUUCUAUAGACAGAUAACUGGAAAAAAAAUGCAAUAUACAUGAACUUUUUCAUGGCAUUAUGUGGAUGUUUACAAGAGUUGAAAGCUCAAACAAUUUCCACCAGGUUUAAAUAAAAUAUAUUUCUAACUUUCCUAGUAAGUCCUUCGUCUCUGCUCUGAUUCUAAGACCAGAAGGACCAGAGUUUCAAGGAUGAACACUCACCCGGAUGUAGCUUACUGCUCAAAACGUUCUACAAGUGUUCAGCAGGCAGGUUUUGCUUUCUCUGUUGCCUGAGAUAUAAAUGAAAUGCUGUAUUUCAUGCUGUCAUCUUAAAGAAAAACAAAACCCACUUUUCAUCAUCAGCACUACCAUUCCUAGACUUACAUAUAAAACUGCAUGAACUCAUUAAGCUGAUGAAUGUCUAAACACAUGAUUGGACACAAGGAUUUGUUCUUGUUUUGUCUACCAGUUCUCCCGUUUAUGAGUACUAGAAGAGGAAAAACAAUGCUGAAUGAGAUUGUGGAAAUCUGAACAACAUAAGCCAUUCAUCAUCUGGAAGAAGAAAAAAAUGUGGAGUACACUGGCCUACUACUGAUGACUUCUUUCAGCUUUGAUCUAAAGAUGUAUUUUAUUAAAACAAUAAUUUAAAUAUACCAUGAAAAAUAUGCAGCAAACAUUAGCUCUUUUCUAAAAUAGAUUAGCCUCUUUGUCUUAGAAAUAUUGUACUUCCUAAUUAUUGGUUUAGAGGAAAAAAAAAAGACAACUUCCAAUUAUGAGCUACUUUACUCUUUUGUUUGGAAAAUCUUCCAGGGGAACUGGU